GAUAUCUUCAAUACAAUGUGGGUCAGCACAUCCUUUUGGAGGCCCCGGGGCAGCAAGGAGGCUCCGGCGAGCGGCACUGGUAGCUCGACCGGCCGACCGUUCGGCUGUGCCGCUGCCGUAGGGCGUACCGCGGGACCAUGGUGUCCACCGACCGACCCCCGCUGGCAGUGAUUUUGAUCAUAGUUGUGGCCGCUCUGGCGGGCGGCGCCGAUUCCGCCUCCUGGACCGGUGCGUGCAUGUUAAACGGGUGUCGGUUGAGUCCGAACGUCAAAUACGCAGUCACCUUGGAUUGUGACCACAGCGGCAUCAAGUACAGCUGGAUAAAAUAUGACGCUGGAACGCGUCCGUCUUCGAUUGAAGAAAUUCGGAUGGUAAAUUUUGACGGAGAAGUAAAAAUCCAGGAAGAUUUUCUGACGGGGCUGAAGAAUCUUCGCGCAUUUCACCUGAGCAACAUCAGCAACCUCUGCAUUGGUAAAACCGACUGGAGGAAGACACUAGAAACUGAGAAUAUGACCAUUACAAUAGAUAAUAUAAACCGACUUGAACUGGAACGUGAUGCCUUCUCAGGAUUGCAGAGCCCUGGACCCAAAAUCGACAUCAGCGGAGUGACCAACUGCAGCAUUGUGGACUCUGCCUUUGCCGCCGACUCUGUCAUCAAAAGUGUGUCUUUUCGAAACGUUCGGAGCUUGACCAUAGAAGACGGUGCGAUUCAGUCCGAAAUAGGACAAGUUCACAUCACCGACAGUGCGCUGCUCGACAGCUGUGGGAGCAACACUUUCAGCGGGCAUGUCGGCAACUUCAUCCUGAAUAGGGUGACGAUCGUCCCGGCGCUCCGCGCUGGCUGUCUCCAGGCCGAUGGCGGCUGGGGGAGCCUCACUGUGCUGUCCAGUCGUCUGGGAGACAUCGAGCCGCUCGGCAUCAGCGGCACGUUCGACCACUUUCAGAUCCGGAACAGCAGCGUGGGGCGAGUUGGCCAGAGCGGGCUGAACUUCAGCGCGACCUCAUUCACCAUCCACUCCACUAAGGUCAGGGAGCUGUCGUCGCACGCGUUGGACGUACGUUUCAACCAUUCAGCAUUACUGAAGAUGUCCUCCUUCCUCUUGGUGCGCGCAAACGCCUUCAUCGGUCUUGCAGCUAAUCCCCGAAAUACGGCAACGCUUUCUCUCCAGCAAGUCGUAGUUCAAGAGGCAGAGCAUGGCUCCAUGGCCUUCGAUGACUACGGACGGCUCUCCCAGCUCGACGUUGUCCUUCACAGGGUGUGCAGCUGUUACCCCGAUCACCAGGCGCUUCGACUAAUGACAGGAGACAAGAUGUUCAGCAACGCCACCCACGACCAGCGAGGAAGGGCGCAACAGUUUGUGGCUCAGGUACGCUGCACAGUUGGAAGACGCACGCCAACUCUAGCAGAGUUUCUCUGCUUGGAGUGCGCUGACCGCGGUGAAGCUGCGUCUCUGUGCCGGUCUAUAGAAGCCAGAGGUUCUGGUUGGAAAAGCUGGAAGCUGGCCCCCGUCAUCGGACUACCAUUGCUGUUCGUGGGUGUGGUCGCAUUGCUGAUUGUUAGAAAAGUGAGACAGCGAAACACCAGCCCAACGAACGACAUAAGCCCGUCGCUAGCGCUGCCGCAGGUUCCGAAGCGAGUCUCUCCUGAGCCCCGCUUCGGUGAAGCUCUAAAGGCGAGACCACGCCAGUGCCAGAAUGCUGGAGGAGGCGUCACAUCACAGCACGACCAGCUCGACUGCAGCGGUCAUCGGGAGCAGCAGCACGACCUCGACUCAGAGCCGGUGUACUGUGAGAUAAACGACCUUCGCUUUGUGCCCAUGUCGCACCUUCCGCGAGGCCCCGCAGGUCAGCCACUGUACGAUGACUGUGGCCCCGCAGGUCAGCCAUGCUAUUGAGACUGGUCAGUCGUGCCAACCGGUGCAAAAAGUGACCUGCUUCAAUGGGUAAAUGGUCUACAAACAGUGCUUGACUGCAAGUAAAGGACACUUCCUGCAGUUUGUAUGCGCUUACAAGCGUGGUGAUGCAUGAAGGUAAUCGACCACUGUAACUGCUUAGUGCUUCGUUCAGAGAAAAUCUGUCUGCCCGAAAAGCAGGAAGAAAAAUGUGAUCGGAUAUCUUGCAGACAACAUUAAUGCAUCAAUGGCAGUUACUCUUCAAAUGAUCAAAUCUGUUCUUUAUGCGUACGUAAUAUUUCUUGUAUAGAGUUAGGUUUAUGCUCACAUAUUUUGCUGAGAAGCAGUGUUCUCAAAGCUUGUCUGUACAAUCGACCUGAGUUGAUGUUAGCGGACGAUGAAUAUGCGAAGCAUAUGAGUGAAUAGUGUGCCGGCGCGGAUUUAGUGUAUGUGCAUGCAUUCCUAUAUAUUCUGCUUAUGUUAUAGGUGCAUUUAACAUAUCUUAUACGCACUUUCAUAUUGUGGCUACAUCAGACAGCGUCAUAGGUGUAGAAACGUUUUCAAAAGUGUGUGAUUGGGAGGGGGGAAGACUAAGUCGGGUUCGUUGUCCGUUGCUGACCCGCUGCUGGAGCUGAAGGGUGCAUCUGUAGCACAUC